AGGGUGACAGGGCAGGGCGGCUGCCGCUCGGCGCUGUGCUCGUCUCCCAUUGGCGGCGGUGACUGGCGGGCAGCGGGGCGGGACGGGACGCGGCGGCCGGCGGGCUGCAGCGGCGGGGGAUGGCGACCUGCCGGCGGCUGAGCGGCGCGGGGCUGCGGGAGGUGCUGGGCCCGGCCGAGGGGCUGCUCUUCGACUGCGACGGCGUGCUGUGGGCGGGCGAGCGCGCCGUGCCCGGCGCCCCCGAGCUGCUGGAGCGCCUGCGGCGCGGCGGCAAGACCGCCCUGUUCGUCAGCAACAACAGCCGCCGCUCCGUGGCCGAGCUGGAGCGGCGCUUCAGCCGCCUGGGCUUCCGCGGCGUCCGCGCCGAGCACGUCUUCAGCUCCGCGCUCUGCUCCGCGCUCUUCCUGCGCCAGCGCCUCCUCGGCGGCGGGGAGAGCGGGAACGGCGCGGGCCGCGUCUUCGUGCUGGGCGGUGAGGGGCUCCGCGGCGAGGUGCGCGGCGCCGGCCUGCGCCUGGCGGGCGAGGGCGAGCCGGCCCCCGGCGCAGCCGAACCGGUGCGGGCCGUGCUGGUGGGCUACGAUGACCAGUUCACCUUCGGCAAGCUGGCGCAGGCUUGCGGCUACCUGCGCGACCCGCAGUGCCUCUUGGUGGCCACCGACCCUGACCCCUGGCACCCGCUCAGCGACGGGCAGCGCACCCCUGGGACUGGCAGCCUCACAGCUGCAGUGGAAACCGCUUCGGGCCGCAAGGCGCUGGUGGUGGGGAAGCCGAACACCUACAUGUUUGAUUGCAUCGUGGAGCGCUUUGGCAUUGACCCGUCCCGCACGCUCAUGGUGGGAGACCGUCUGGAGACAGAUAUCCUCUUCGGCAAGAACUGCGGCCUCUCCACCAUCCUCACCCUGACAGGUGUCUCCCGCCUGGAAGAGGCGCAGGCCUACAUGGCCAGCGACAGCGCUGCUGCCAAGGAUCUGGUGCCCAAUUACUAUGUGGACAGUAUUGCAGACUUGAUACCGGGCCUGGAUGAGUAGCGGUCUGUACGUGUGAGGGCAGAGGGUUUGGGGUCCCCAUCCCAGAUCUCCAUCUGUUCCCAGUUCUCUCUCACUGCCCUAUUCGCUCAAUUCCUGGUUUCUUCACAUUCCAACACCCUUCUUUGGGGGCAAAAGGGGGGGUUGGCAGGAGGCAGCAGGGUUCAAGUUGUCUCCUGUCUGCUGAGAGCUGUCCAUGAUGACAGAGUCCUUCUGCCCCUCAUAUGCCAGCAUCUCUGGGAGAGAGCUGUAGGCCUUGAGGCUGACAGGGAUGUGAAAUCAGUGUGUCUGUGUAGCCUCUCCCCCUGCAGGGGCUAGGGACCGGCUGUCUUAUUAUUUUUCUCUUAGAUAACCAGUGGCGGCCUUUUACUGCUGUCCCUUCGCUCUUGUAACUACUUCUGAGCUACAUCCCUGCAGUCCUUGUGGUGAGCCCCUCCUUGCCAGGGGACUGGCUGGCGUUGUCACCCACCCAGUUUCCAUUGGUGCCAGGGUGUGUGGCAGGAGCGUACCAGAGCUCUGGAGUGAGGAAUGAGAGCAUGUCUGCCUCCCACGAGUGAAAGGGAGUAUUGGCUCAUCUUUUCACUCCCCUGUUCCUUAGAGAUGUUUCUCCACCACCCUUUGCCCUGACUCAGAUAAUAACUGUGCCAGUAUCCACCUGAAGGACUAUAGGAAGGGAAGAGACUGGUUUGAGGGCUUUUUUGGUGCCAAACAGACAAGCUGUGACUGUGCACAAUGGGUCUGCGGUAGUACCCUGUUUUCAAGCACCUUUCCUGAAGGGGCUUGCGAGGGAGAGAGGAAUCCUAGACCACGACAGCACAGUGGUAGUGUGUGGUCUGUACUGUACAACUGUACAACUCCCCUUGGUUUCCCCUCCUCAGUGGAUUUUGCCAUAGGAUGGUGAGAGAAAAGGGCUGAUGGGGGUCUGUGCUCCAGCUGCUGGUGUGCAGGUGAGAUAUUGGUGGUAUUGUCACUGCUGUGAAUGUGUCGCAGCCCUGAAAAUCACUCCUUGCUGCUUUGUCUUUCUACUUUUUUUUUUAAUUUAUUGAUCUUAUUUAUCAAACUUAUUUAUUGUUCAAAUAUUGUAUUAUUUGUAUAAAUUAUGCUGACUGGUUGCACCAAGGGGACAGGGGACAGUGCCUUUGGGCCUCCCUUUACUGUCCAUGUCCUGUGUUGAUGUUCUUACACUCACCGUGUCUCUGUAUAUAAUAAAGUGUGAGCAUAGGCUGGAAA